CUAUCUCUAUGGUUUUACCUGACUCUUGAGUUGGCAGUUGGCUGGCAAUUGGUUAUUUUACUUUACAGAAAAAGUUUAAUUGUUAUGAUAAAAGUAUACUACGUAUUCCGUUCCGAUUUGUUUGUAUUCGUGGUUGGUAGGCACUUUCAAGUAGGUAGUUUAGAACGUGUGUAUUUCAAUUACCUACCUACUUUUUCUGUGUCAGCAUGUGGUCAGCAUUAUUUGUUCAUUAGCAUCUACAUUUGCACUGAAGGGAGGACUGAACAAAAUAUCUUCAACAAUGGGUGCUGAAAACUCAACACCUAAAAAUUACCAAAGGGAAAACACUACAGAUAAAGCAAUAGCAGAGGCCUUGGAAAAACAAAAGCGAAUGUAUGAUGAAAAAUAUGAGGAACUACGGCGAGCUCAAAACCGAUCUGUGAAGGUUCUACUAAGUGAGCUUAAGAAAAGCACUAACGGGAACCAAUCCCGUAAUAAUAAUGUUUGCCAACCACCAGUAACCAAUUCUAGCGCAUUGUUGUACCCAAAUCUAAACAUAAUAUCUAACAACAAUGCCCAGGUGUCAACAGCUUAUGUAAAUCCUGCUAUCAACAACGCUCAGAUGUCAACAGCUUAUGCAAGUCCCGCUAACAACAACGCCCAGAUGUCAACAGCUUAUGCAAGUCCCGCUAACAACAACGCCCAGAUGUCUACAGCUUAUGCAAGUCCCGCUAACAACAACGCCCAGAUGUCAACAGCUUAUGCAAGUCCCGCUAACAACAAUGCCCAAAUGUCAACAGCUUAUGCAAGUCCCGCUAACAACAAUAUCCAGAUGUCAACAGCUUAUGCAAUUUCUGCUAUCAACAAUGCCCAUAUGUCAACUGCAUAUGCAAGUCCCAGUACAUCAGACUGCCAGAGACCAUCCAAUUCUAUGUCAUCGCAAGUAUUACCGACAGCACCUUCAGCUCCAAUAGAUCCAGCAUUCGAAGCCUUGUCUCCCAUUACUCAGUCUAGACCGCAAACACAAACACGUCCUGGAUCAUCGGGGUCACAAACACGACGUCCAAUAGCUCUGAUGACUCAAGCGGACCGUUCGCCCAGCUCUGUGACUGCUCAGUCUAGAAACAAAGCACAACCUGGAUCAUCUCGGUCACAACAUCUAAUAGCUCAGACGACUCAAGCUGUCCCCUCAACCAGCUCACUGACUGUUCAAUCUGUGAAUGUACCAGAACCGCCACUAGCUAAAUCCAAAACAAGGAAUAUCCCUCGUAACAAAGCAACUCCCAACAUUGUGAAAUGCGUUACAUGUAACUGUGAACUGGGAUUACAAAUCUAUCAAUGUAUGAACGGGCAUAGCUCAUGCAAAGAGUGUAAAUUGAAGGGAAAUAGAUGUGGUUUGUGCCGCGAACUUAUAACAGACAUGAGAAAUAUCACGCUCGAAGCAACUAUCGCUGAAUUAAAACUGAAGGAACCUGAUGACGGGGAACGAAUGAAGUGCCCCAACUCUGCAAAUGGAUGUUUUCUAAUCGUAAAAAAGGAUGAAGUUGAAGGCCAUUUGAAAGAAUGUCCCUACAGAGAAAUGCCAUGCCCUCUGGCGGCAAUUUUUGGAGUUUGUACUUGGAAAGGAAAAAUAAACCACAUGGGAAUUCAUUUCAAAGAUGUACAUCCAGAACACUACGAGGCUGACGUUAACAAGGAAAUGAAUCUACUUAAUAUUAACGUUAACCAUAGAAUUGUAUAUUUGGUAAACCUCAAUACAUUUCACUUUCUUGUGCACAUUGAAAUCGAUAAAGACCAAAAAACAAUUUGUAUGACCGUCCAAACAUUGGGCACGAAGUUUAGUGCUUCAAAAUGGACGUACGAAUUUCACGUUUACAAUAAAAGAGAGCCCCGAAGGAAAUACCAAUACAUUGACACAUGUAGCUCCAAUAGUGAGUCAAUCAGAGAUAUUUUCAUGCAAAAGAAGUGUGCUGUCCUUAGUUCGGAGUAUGCCAAAACGUUUCUUGAUAAUAAUAAGCUGUCAUACAAAUUCUAUAUAAAAAAGAAUUUAAAUCCAAAAAAACAAGUGAAAUGAAUUAUUGUAACAAUGGGUAAAGGUAGAAACAUAUUUGCGGCACACCACGCCACGCCACAUGUUUUUUUAACAAAUAAACCACUUUGACAUUGUGACAAUCGCAAUAACCUUUGGUUGGCUCAUAGGGGCCUUUCAUAAUACUUGUGGUGCCAUGUUGCAUUGCAAGAACGAUGUCGCACCAUAGUGCAAUUUCCACGAUGCGUUGUGUGUUGUAAAAUUUUACAAUACGACGUCACACCGCAAGUAUUGUAAAAGGCUCAAUAUCUUGGUAUUGGCUAACAUGCACUAUCGCAGCUAGAAUACCACUAAUUCAGGCAAUCACAACCAAUUUUUCGUGUUUAUUCCCUGAAGAAUUUGUUAGUGGCAGACGCGUGGCAUCGAGUGUUGUCCAGACUUCAGAGCAAUCACGGUUAUCUGGAUCGGGUGGCUUGUGGUGGCGUCGCGUCAAAUCGGGUGUUGAUAGUGUGUUUCUGGUCACACAAAAUUCUUUAUUACUUUUGACUCAACCCGCAUGGCGUGGCAUGGGGCGUUGUUGCAGAUAUGUUUCUUUUUCUUUUUUAAUAUUUGUAAUAGACUAGCUGAUUACUGCGACUUGGUUCGCGUGGAUAUAUGUUUUUGAACACUCGUGGGAUCUCUUUGAAUUUAAGGGCUAAACAGUAGCCUACGCCACUCUAGAUUUUUAAGUUUAUCCAAUAUCCAUGCUAAAAAUCACGCCGAUACGUUGCUCCGUUGCGUCGUGAUUGAAGGACAAAUCAAUAAACCGAAAAACAAAGACUCGUAUUUAUAAUAUGGGUAUGGUUUAAUUAAGGCUCAAGGCAUAUUGUAGCUAAGUAGAAGCGAGGAAGAGAUGCUCCGACGUGAUUGUGACGACGUUGGCAUUCUCGCCUCUUUCAUUUUAGUUUUAACUUUUACAAACAUUUUUGUAAUAAAAUAAGGUUCAGUUUGUUUUGUAACAGUUUACAAUGUACGCGUUCCUUUUGCUUCGCUUCUACUCUGUCACCUAAAUAAAUAAUUAAGGACAUAAUAAUAUUGAUUUUAUUCUAAUAUUCUUUACUUAUUGAUAAGGAUAUUCUUUGGUCUACCUUUAGCUAUUAAUUAGUGCUUAUUCGAUGGUAAUGGCAGGUCUAAAUAGGUCUGUUUAUAGUACCUAUCCUUUCACUGUAGGAAAGGAUAGCUCUACUUUUAUACCUGUAAUAAUUGACAGGUUAGUUUUAUGACUGAGCACAACCGUAAUUUUUUUUUUUUUUGUAAAAGUCCCACUUGCACAAAAACACUUUAAUCAAAAUAAAAAUAUUUUUUUUUAUUCAAUUGAACUUUUACAAGUAGGUACCUACAUACUUUUGAGUCUUCAAAUCAUUAAGCAAUAGGUUUAAUUUAUCCUUUGCAAGUGGGCCUUAUUUAGUUUUAAAUAGUAAUUAAUGAUUGUUUAAAUGUUAAUGAUUAUUUUCGUAUCAUCAAGUAUUAAGUAUUUUAUGUGGUUUGAUAAAUAAAAAGUUCCUAUUUGAA